UUUCCUCUUGCCUUUUCCUGUCCCCCACCCAGUGCUGGGAGCUUGGGGCAGAGGCAAACACUUUACAGAGGGAUUGGGACAUUACUGAGGCCAACGGAGCCAGGGCCUCCGGGUGCUACGGGACCCGAAGCAGGGGCAAUGCUAUCUGGUGAACGAAAGGAGGGCGGAAGCCCCCGCUUCGGCAAGCUCCAUCUCCCAGUGGGUCUGUGGAUCAAUUCUCCAAGGAAGCAGCUAGCCAAACUGGGGCGGCGGUGGCCCAGCGCUGCCUCUGUCAAGUCCUCGUCCUCUGACACGGGCAGCCGCAGCAGCGAGCCCCCGCCGCCGCCACCUCACGUGGAGCUGCGGCGCGUGGGCGCGGUGAAGGCGGCGGGGGGCGCGUCGGGCAGCCGUGCCAAGCGCAUCUCGCAGCUGUUCCGGGGCUCGGGCACCGGGGCCGCGGGGUCGGGCGGCGCGGGGGGCCCCGGCACCCCGGGGGCGCAGCGCUGGGCCAGCGAGAAGAAGCUGCCAGAGUUAGCGGCAGGCGUGGCGCCAGAGCCCCCGCUGCCCCCUCGCGCCCUGGCGCCCCCGGGCGUGCUCAAGAUCUUCGGCGCCGGGCUGGCCUCGGGCGCCAACUACAAGAGCGUGCUGGCCACAGCGCGCUCCACCGCGCGCGAGCUGGUAGCCGAGGCGCUGGAGCGCUACGGGCUGGCGGGAGGCGCAGGCCCGGGCGACGCGGCGGGCGUGGGCGGUGGCGAGUGGCGCGCCGAGCACCUGCGCGUGCUGGGCGACGCGGAGCGCCCUCUGCUGGUGCAGGAGCUGUGGCGCGCGCGGCCUGGAUGGGCGCGGCGCUUCGAGUUGCGCGGCCGGGAGGAGGCGCGCCGCCUGGAGCAGGAGGCCUUUGGGGCUGCAGAUGCAGAAGGCACAGGUGCCCCCUCGUGGCGAACACAGAAGAACCGCUCUCGGGCAGCAUCUGGAGGAGCAGCACUGGCCAGUCCAGGUCCAGGGUCAGGAUCUGGGACCCCUGCUGGGUCUGGGGGCAAGGAGCGUUCUGAAAACUUGUCCCUGCGGCGUAGUGUAUCCGAGCUGAGCCUCCAGGGAAGGCGGCGACGGCAGCAGGAACGAAGGCAACAGGCACUUAGCAUGGCCCCAGGGGCAGCUGACGCCCAGGUGGGGCCUUCAGACCCUGGAGACUUCGAUCAGUUGACUCAGUGCCUCAUCCAGGCACCUACCAACCGUCCCUACUUCCUGCUGCUCCAGGGCUACCAGGAUGCUCAGGACUUCGUGGUGUACGUUAUGACCCGAGAGCAGCACGUGUUUGGCCGGGGAGGGCCCUCGUCUUCCCGCGGCGGGUCCCCCGCCCUGUACGUGGACACCUUCCUCACCGCCCCUGACAUCUUGCCGCGGCACUGCACGGUUCGCGCGGGUCCGGAGCCUCCCGCCAUGGUGCGCCCGUCCCGGGGCGCCCCAGUGACGCACAACGGCUGUCUCCUGCUGCGCGAGGCCGAGCUGCACCCCGGAGACCUGCUGGGGCUGGGCGAGCACUUCCUGUUCAUGUACAAGGACCCCCGCGCCGGCGGUUCCGGGCCUGCGAGGCCGCCCUGGCUGCCCGCGCGCCCCGGGGCCACGCCACCCGGCCCGGGAUGGGCCUUCUCCUGCCGCCUGUGCGGCCGCGGCCUGCAGGAGCGCGGAGAGGCGCUGGCCGCCUACCUGGACGGCCGCGAGCCGGUGCUGCGGUUCAGACCGCGUGAGGAGGAGGCGCUGCUGGGCGAGAUCGUGCGCGCCGCGGCCUCGGGUGUAGGGGACCUGCCCCCGCUCGGGCCCGCCACGCUCCUGGCGCUGUGCGUGCAGCAUUCGGCGCGGGAGCUGGAGCUAGGCCACCUGCCGCGCCUGCUCGGUCGCCUGGCUAGGCUCAUCAAGGAGGCCGUCUGGGAAAAGAUUAAGGAAAUUGGAGACCGCCAGCCAGAAAACCACCCGGAGGGAGUCCCUGAGGUACCCCUGACUCCUGAGGCCGUGUCUAUGGAGUUGCGGCCACUCAUGCUGUGGAUGGCUAACACAACAGAGCUGCUGAGCUUUGUUCAAGAGAAGGUCCUAGAGAUGGAGAAAGAGGCUGACCAGGAGGGUCUGUCCUCAGACCCACAGCUCUGCAAUGACUUGGAAUUGUGUGAUGAGGCUUUGGCCCUUCUGGAUGAGGUCAUCAUGUGUACUUUCCAGCAGUCUGUCUACUACCUCACCAAGACUCUUUAUUCAACACUACCUGCUCUCCUGGACAGCAACCCCUUCACCGCUGGGGCAGAGCUGCCAGGGCCUGGUGCGGAGCUGGAGGCCAUGCCUCCUGGCCUGAGGCCCACUCUGGGCGUGUUCCAAGCAGCCCUGGAACUGACAGGCCAAUGUGAGCUGCAUCCUGACCUCGUGUCCCAGACUUUUGGCUAUUUGUUCUUCUUCUCCAAUGCAUCCCUUCUCAACUCACUGAUGGAAAGAGGUCAAGGCCGACCUUUCUAUCAGUGGUCUCGGGCUGUCCAAAUCCGAACUAACUUGGACCUCGUCUUGGAUUGGCUACAGGGGGCUGGACUAGGUGAUAUUGCCACCGAGUUCUUCCGGAAACUCUCCAUUGCUGUGAACCUACUAUGUGUGCCCCGCACCUCCCUGCUCAAGGCUUCAUGGAGCAGCCUCAGAACUGACUACCCCACCCUGACCCCUGCUCAACUCCACCAUCUACUCAGCCACUACCAGUUGGGUCCUGGCCGUGGAUCACCACCAGCCUGGGACCCACCCCCUGCAGAGCGAGAUGCAGUGGACACAGGGGACAUCUUCGAAAGUUUCUCCUCGCACCCUCCCCUCAUCCUGCCCCUGGGCAGCUCCCGCCUGCGCCUCACCGGCCCAGUGACUGAUGACUCACUGCAUCGAGAACUACGCAGGCUCCGUCGCCUCCUCUGGGAUCUUGAACAGCAGGAGCUGCCAGCCAAUCACCGCCACGGACCCCCCGUGGCCACGCCUCCUUGAAAACCAAUAACAAGCGAGCGCGCGAAGCUUGAACCUGCAUCGGCUCCGACUCACUGGAGCCCGCCUGAGCACCGAGCAUUCGGGGAGUUGUAGUUCUCCCCGCGUGGAGCGCUGGGAGUUUGUGUUGUAGGGUUGGUAGAGGAUGGGACUGUGGGAAGACGGGCUUGAGAUGUGAGUACCGAGGAGUAAUAAAAGUAUCUGUGGUAUUGGUA